AUGAGCAACAAUCCCUUUAUCGAACAACCAGCGUUUGGCGCAUCGUCGCAAGCCAGCUUCUCGAGACGCUUUCCCGACAUCGACGUACCCCAAUCGACGGCGCAGCCGCAGUACCAGCAGCAGUAUGCUUCACCCACCGGCUCAUGGCAACAGGUACCCUCGUCGCCCUACGGCCAGUCCUUCCAGCAAACUCCCUCUCAGCCAUACGGACUUCCCCAGCAGUACCCGCAACCGACCGGCAUCAGCGGAUUCAACGGCGGAUUCAACGCCGGAUAUGCCCUCCCGACGCCCUCUAUCCAGACUCCCGCGGCAUUCCAACCAAGCACCUCGUUCGGACAGCAGAUCUCGUCCCCGGCGACUGGGAUGUCCUACGUCCAGCCUCAGCAACAGCUACCGCAGUACGGAGCGUAUCCGAAUCUGCAGCAGCAGCAGCAGCCGGGGCCUGCUGGGUACAACCCGAUGCAGCAGGUGAUCAGCGAGUUCGAUCCCUACGCGAACGCGGGAGAGUUCCUGGGCAGCGUGAGCAAUCCACAACCUGGUUCCUCCGGCGCCAUCCAGAGCACGUCCACUCCCGGCCAUCAGCGAUCCAUCUCCAGCGGCGCUCCGGGCGGAUAUAAACACCCGAGGGAAUACGUGCGGGAACACAAGUCGGAGCUCGAGGGAUGGGACGCGUACUCGUGGAAGCAGGCGAUGAACGCGUUCGAUGCGCUCAAAGAAGCGUGGGCGCAGCGCAAACGCGAUGCCGAAUCGCGCGUGAACCAGCUCGCGGGACCCGGCGCAUAUUGGGAUUACGCGCGACAGCAAGAGAGCGCUCGCUUGCAGGGGAUCGCCAAGGAAGCCGAAAUCAACUACGACUCGGUCGCGGCGUCAGCCUUCCAGAUGCAGGAAGUGUUCUCGGGGUAUCGCCAGUCCAGCGAUAUGGCGAGCAAGCGACGGGUGAAAGAGAGCAUAAACGCAGCACUUAGCUCCCUGCCCGACUGGCCUAAUCCACAGUGGUGAACCGACCAUGUCAACCCAAGUACUAUAGCGCCCCUCCAUUAGGAUCUCCUCUGUCCUGACCCCGUUGUUGUUGUACUAUCGCCAUAUGGUGCAUUGCUUGUAUGUUAGAGACGGUUGGAAUAAUGUGAUUGUA